AACAUACAGCUUUUUUUAUAUUGCCGGGAAGGUUAUGUUUUUUUGAACUGUUUAUUUAAAUUGCAAUUUAAAAAUGGUUGGAAACGAAACAAACAACAAAAAGAAUGGAUUAACAAACGUCUUAGUCAAAAAUGAUAUCAUCAAUAAUAUACAAUUUAUGGCUAACAUCACUGACCUGGACUUAAGCAAUGGAAAAAUAACAAGUCUUGAUGAAAACAUGAAACUGCCGCACAAUAUACUCCAUCUAAAACUAUCUCACAACAAAUUAACUGAAGUGCCUCCCAGUGUAUUAAACAUAGAUAAUUUAAAAAGUCUAGACCUUUCUUUUAACUCAAUAGAGUUCUUUAACGACAAACCAAGCUUCUGUCAUAGUUUAGAACGGCUCAACUUAACGAAUAAUAAUCUUAAAGGACCUCCUUUGUGGGUUUGGAAAGAAAACCUAAAUAAAUUAAUUUAUAUGAAUUUAAGUAAUAAUGAAAACAUAUGCCUGUCUUUUGAAAAUGGUUAUUUUGAAGAGAUUGUAAAGAUUAAAAUUUCAGUUGAGGAAAUAGAUGUGCAUAAUUGUAGACUUAGUAAAUAUGUGAAGUUUAUGUCCACAUUCUCUCAGGCUAAAGUUGUGAUAUUAGGCAGUGAGGAUUACAGUCACAUUAAAAAUAAUUUGGAUCAUUUACCAUGUGCUGGCCUUGACGAGUGCCAACAAAUAGAGAAACUAAAUCUCAUCAAUACGCAGCUAUACCACAUCAAUUCUAGUAUAGAUAUGUAUAAGAAUUUAAAAGAACUAAAUCUGUCUCAAAACAAUAUUUCUAGUCUACCUGAUGAGUUUGGUAAUUUGAUGAGUUUAGAGAUUUGUAUCCUGUCAUGCAAUAAUAUUCUUUACCUGCCUGAUACUAUGUACAAAUUAAACAAAUUAAUUACUCUGAAAUUAAAUGACAAUAAACUAUGUAUGCUUCCUGAAAAGUUACAUGAAAUGUCUAGUCUGAAAAUCCUGGAUCUGUACAAUAACAACUUAUGUGAAGGUUUAGAUACGAUGAACAAUUUUGAAGAACUGGAUUUUGCUCAAAACUACUUUGAAGAACCUAAUAAUGAAGAAUAUUUGGUGAAAAAAGCUAAGUUACGAGCGAACCACUGUGACAGAGUUGAUGGAAGAAAACCUGAAGUUGUAAAUGACGAUAGUGAUCGCAGCUAUACAAGUUGUGAUCAAGAUGAAGAGCUCUAUGCUUUAAUAAACAAUGAUAGUGAAGGUUGUAACAGCAAACAAGAAAUAGUGGACUCCCGGUCCAGUUCACCCGAAGAUUGGGACUCAGACAGUCAUUGGAUUCCUCAGUACUACAAGCCAGUCACCCCACCCAGUUCUCCCUGGCUAAUCUUCGUCAAGAAGAAGAUGGCAGAAGGAAACUUCUGCCCUAUGGAUGCCCAUGUCUUGUCUAUAGGUGAUCAAGUGAAGUAUGAGAAAAUGUGCAACCCUGAAGAACCGUAUGAGUCCGAUGGGCAGUUUGAUGAUUAUUCUGACGAUGAAAGCUGAUAUUUAACAUUUUGAUAUAGUACUUUAUUUUUCAAUUCAUUAGAAUCAAUACUUUUUUCAUGGAAACUUAAUUUGUUUUUUUUUACUUAUGUACUUGUAUUGAAAGUUAAUUUAACGUAAAAUUCAGUGUUGCUAACAAAUUUAACUACUUAAAAUAAAACACAAGUCUAUCUGUUACACCCUGAAAACUCAGUUUUCUGAAACAGGUUUUAUUGUGCCAUAAUUUUAGUAAGUGUUAGGUGAAGGCAAAACUAGUUGGCUCCCAAUAUUUUUUCACAUUUGCAACUCCUUCAAGUAAAUCCGUAAAAAUAGCAUCAAUGCUAUGAAAUGUCAUAGCGUUACAUAAAUAUCAAUUUACAGUAAUAAAUAGUUCAAAUAGUUUUACAAUGAAAGUUAAUGUUGUUGCUAUUGUAUAUUAAAUCUAUUAUUACUUCAUAUUUCAAUGUUACUAUUGAUAUUGACCUUAUAUUUUGUGAUUGAUCAUACUUAAUGUUUUCCAAUUACUUUUGUUAUCGCAGUAUGUUUAUUUUUUAUUAUGCAUUAAUAUAUGCAAACACUUUUUUUUGUAAACUUAUCACCUCCAUUGGGGGUUCAAACUAUAAAAUAAUUUCAGCUUCUACAUUAAUGAAUGACGGGUGCUUUUAAACAGAUGUUCAAACAAAUGAAUGUUACAUAUUCUUCAUGUUAAUUAAAUAAAUAUUAGUUAUACAUAGCUCUAUAAUAAACAUGUCACAUGAA